UGUUUUGUGGUUUAUAUGUAUUAGAUUUAUUGAAAAAUUCUGGUCAUUUGUCACGUAAUUACAGCAGAUAUAUGGAAAGUUUUUUUUUUUGCCAUAAAAAUGGAAUGAAGUUGCUAAAACUGACGAAAAUUACAUUAUAACAUUUAAUCAUGGAACAAAUAUGCGAAGAACCACAUCUUAAUAUAACAAUAGAUGAAAAUGAAAUUAUUGAUGGUGCUAAAGAAAUAAUUAAAAGAAUUAGGCAAACAUGGCCCUUAGAUAAGCUAAAUUUUAAGAUAUUUACUGAUGGAAUUACAAAUAAACUUAUAGGAGUGUGGUAUUCUGGACAUUACAAUGAUAUGGUUUUGGUCAGGGUAUAUGGGCAUAAAACAGAUUUGCUGAUUAAUCGUAAAGACGAAACAAGAAAUAUUCGAAUAUUAAACAAAGCAGGUUUUACACAUUCGAUUUAUGCUACAUUUAAUAAUGGUUUAGCUUAUCAGUUUAUUGAAGGUAUUACACUUACAACAGAAAUGGUAAGAAAUCCUGAUGUGUAUACUUUGAUUGCUAAGAAAAUGGCUCAAAUGCAUAAACUGAAACCGGAUGAUGCCGAAAUACCCAAAGAUGCAUGUAUUUGGAAUAAAAUAGAAAAAUUUAUGGAAAUUAUGCCAAAAGAAUUUUUCGAUGAACUGAAGCAGACAAGAUUUGUGAAACUUAUAAAACCAGUUAGCGUGUUAAAACAAAAUUAUCAGCUCUUAAAGAAGACACUUUUAGAUUUGAAUAGCGAAGUAGUCUUUGCCCAUAAUGAUUUGCUUCUAGGAAAUGUACUUUACAAUCGGAAGGAAAAUAUUGUUACAUUUAUUGAUUUUGAAUAUACUGCAUACAAUUAUCAAGCUUUUGAUAUAGCUAAUCAUUUCGCAGAAUUUGCUGGUAUUGAUAAUCCUGAUUAUUCUUUGUAUCCUGAAGAAGAAUUGCAAAAAACGUGGCUAAAUAUAUAUCUUCAGGAAUACAAUAAUGUAAACUAUGUACCUGAAAAUGAAAUUAAUUUACUGUAUAUACAAGUAAAUAAAUUUGUUCUUUUGUCACACUUUUUUUGGGGUUGUUGGGGACUUAUACAGAGCGAACAUUCAACAAUUGACUUUGAUUUUUUAAAGUAUGCUGCAAUACGAUUUAAUGAAUAUUUCAAGUGGAAAGAAGAAUACCUUCACAUAAAAUUAUAAAAUUUUAAAUAACUUUUUAUUUUGACGAUUUUAUAUAUUUAAUUGAACUAGCAUUCCUACAGUUUUACUAUAAUCAAUAUUUUACAUUCUGUUAUGUACAAAUGAACAUUUUAUAACAAAAGGUAUAUAUGUA